AUGGACAGUCGUGUACCUUUACCACCUGCAAAAGCAGAAAUAACCGAAACAUCAGGUGAUGAACGCCGUAACAUCUUCGGCAGAUGGUCCAUCGAUGAGAAAUUAGAAAGAGCUUUUAAUUUGGGAUCCUGGGUUGUAACAAUCCAAAGCCAUGUAAUAACUGCUUUGCCAACAAGUUUUCUCAAUAUAACACCACUUGAUUUACAACAAUCAAGUCAAUAUCAACCAACGACAAUAAUACAAGAAUUAGUUUAUCAAUUAAUGAUUGAACAACGGUCAAAAACGGUUUCAUAUAGUAGCUAUUACGAUGAAUGUCAACCAAAACAAUGUCGGUAUCGUUAUGUUAGAUCAGUUGACGUGGUAUAUGCUAUAUCAACAUUGAUUGCAUUGAUUGAUGAUCUUACAAAAAUUUUAAGAAUUUUAGUACCAAAUCUAGUUAAAUUAAUAAGCAGAAAGAAGUCAAAACUGUCAUCACCAUCAUCCCCAAACAAUAAUGAUAAAUGUGUAACACAAGCAAAAUUAUACGAUUAUUUAAUUGAAGGAUAUUUUAUAAGUAUUCCAUCUUUCUAUUUUGGAUGUUACAUAUUAGAAGCUGUAUUACAGUCAACUUUGGAGUGCUUUUAUUCUCAACAAUGUUUUACAAAAUUAAACGGUCUUUUAAAUCCAGAUGAAUUCAACAUCACGAGUCAAUAUGAACCAACAACAAAAAUUCAAACUAGUUUAGAUCAGUUAAUGACUGAAAAAUGGAGUCUAACUGUUUCAUUUGAUCAAUAUUUUAAAAAAUGUCAACAAUAG